CAAUCAAUGAGCGCUACCGUGUCGAGAUGGACCACUCCACAGCGAUACUGGAAGAUGCUCGCAAGGUGGUCGAGAAUGCAGGUGGCGAGCCAGCAAGGCCCACCGUUGACGCUGGCGAGCAGCCUUCGAAGCCCACAAGCAAUGAAGCUGCCCACGACGGCGAUGAGGGCCGCCAGAACAAUUACAGUCGCCGUAAACGCAAAGCCGACUACCCAGACGCAAGGCAACAAUACGGAAGUAAAGGCGGACAUGAUGACAAUAAGCGACAUAAGAAGGGAGAUCUGGGACGCGGAGAAUAUUUCUCAACUGACAGUCUAACACUCAGCCGCGACAACCCAGACAAACGCGCCAAAACCAACGAGUCACGUGAGAAACGGAUGGCGAACGGCGAGACACGCAACAACCCCAACUACGGCGCCACCUUCUCCAAGGAGGAGAUCGAUGCCGAGAGCCGCCGACCCAAGCGUAAAGUCGCCGUCCUGAUCGGCUACUCCGGCACGGGCUACAAGGGCAUGCAAAUCACCCCCUCCGAGCGCACCAUCGAAGGCGACCUCUUCGCCGCCUUCAUCCGCGCCGGCGCAAUCAGCAAAGCCAACGCCGAGGACCCCAAAAAGGUCUCACUCGUCCGCUGUGCGCGGACGGAUAAAGGUGUCCAUGCGGCGGGGAAUAUGAUCAGUUUGAAAUUGAUUGUGGAGGAUGAGGAUAUUGUGGAACGCAUUAAUAAGGAAUUAAGUCCGCAGAUUCGGGUGUGGGGGGUGGAGAGGACGGUGGGGAGUUUCAGUUGUUAUCAGGCUUGUGAUUCGAGGUGGUAUGAGUAUCUGAUUCCGAGUCAUGCGUUCUUGCCGCCGCAUCCGGGGUCGUGGUUGGGGCGGAAGUUGGAGGAACAUGCGGAUGAGGUGGGGGAUAGAGAGGCGUAUGAAGGCAGGCAGGAGGAGGUGAAGCGCUUCUGGGAGCGAGUGGAUGCUGAUGAGAUCAGCCGGGUUUUGCAGACCAUUGAUGAGGAUAUUCGAGCGGAGGUUGUUAAGGCGUUGCAGGGGGAGGAUGAGGCUGUUGCGACCACUGGCGCGGCGGAUGUGGAAGAGGGUGAGCAGAGAGUGGUCAAGGCUGCAGUGACAGAGAGCGAUGCGAAUGAUGCGGAUGUCGGAGCUGAGGAACGGACGGAGGAGGCGGCUAUCAUCAUCAAUGCGCCGGCUGCACAGAACCAGCCAGACGACGCUGUGACAGACGCGUCGAAGACUGCCGAAGCCGGCAAUGCCACUGCGCGGGCUGGAGAUGCGGAGCCAAUGCCAGACACCAUGGUCGACUCCGCUAUCUCCUUACCACCUCAACAGCCUCCUACAUCCGCAAUCGAGCCAAACGACUCCGCCAAAGCCGACCAACCAACACUAGCCCCAGCAUCUCACGACCGCCAAACCCGCCUCCGCGCAGCCACAAAAUCCCUCCGCGCCGCCUACAUAACCGCCAAACGCCGCUACCGCAUCCCCACCCAACGCAUCGCCCGCAUCCAAGCCGCCCUCGACAAAUUCGUCGGAACGCACAACUACCACAACUACACCGUGCAAAAGACGUACCGCGACCCGAGCGCGAAACGGCAUAUUAAGUCUUUCGUCGUCAAUCCGAAACCAAUCCUGAUUGGGGAGGGGGAUGAUGAAGCGGACAAAUCCGAGUGGUUGAGCUUAAAAGUCCACGGACAGAGUUUCAUGAUGCAUCAAAUCCGAAAAAUGAUCGGUAUGGUCACCCUCCUCGUCCGCUGCGGCAGCAACCUCGACACCCUUUCGCAUUCGUUCGGGGAGGAUAAGUACUCCAUCCCCAAAGUCCCCGGACUGGGGCUGUUGUUGGAGCGGCCGGUGUUUGACAGUUAUAACAAUAUCCAGGCUGCGAAGCAUGAUCGGCCACCGUUGCUGUUUGGGAAGUUUGAGCGGGAGAUGGAGGAGUUUAAGCAGCGGGAGAUUUAUCAGCGCAUUUUCCGGGAGGAGGAGGAGAGGAAUGAGUUUGGGCGGUUUUUUGCGCAUGUGGAUAACUUUAAGGAGGGUUACUUUCUGUACGUGACGAGUAAGGGGCUGGAGGGUACGAAGGGGGGUGGGGUGGAGGGUGGCAAGUCGAAGGCGGUUGAGGACGAUGAGGACGGAGCGAGUGGAGGCGACGAUCAGUAA